UGGCCACCAUCGAUAGGGUUUUCAGAUAAGGCGAAACAUUCACAAGAAUGGUCAGUAGGCAAUCGAAAAGGGGCUGAAGUCGCUGAUGGCCAGUGGAAAUUGGCCAAAAGGCGGGACCUGCACCUGUUGCGCUUGGAGCAAACGGAAGCCAAAACGGGAAGAGCCAUGUUCAAACUAGUCACUGCUGCCGAAAUGCUGUCGGAUGAUGCGGAUCAGUCGAAAUCCUCGUCCGAUAAAGCCAAGGAAAAGAAGUCGGAGAAAUCCCUGACUAUUGGUGCACGCAUCACGGAGCAUGAUCUCUCCUCGAGGCUCAAGAACAUUGUCAAGUGGCUGGCCAAGCGGCACGAGGUUCGCAUCCUUAUCCAAGGCAAUUCCAGUGGAUCCGAUGAAAGCAGCUCCGAACGCAUCGUCAAAGCCAUCGAACAGACCAUCAAGGAGCCACAGUUGAUUGGCAGAAUAGUUCAAAAGCGCAGCAAGAGCAGCUUCAUCAAGUUCAGCAUUAUCCCAGUUGCUGCGCCACCUGUCGCCGCUGAUAAACCCAAUGCAAUUCAGUCCUGACAACUACCGCCGUUGCCUCGGAUGAGCCAUGAUAACGGCACGGUAAUGGCAAAGCCUCAGAACUUCGCCUUUCAUAUGUCUGCCCGCCAUUUUUCUGAUGGGAUCAAAAAGGAACAUGAAAAGCCCGUCGAGAUAAGUACCGCUUCCAUCAUCACAACUGGUGCUAUUUUUCUUUUGUUUUUCCUUAAAUAUUACUACUGGCAUCAGCAUUUUAUGAAACUCCAGAAGGAAAGAGAACAAGAAGCCCAAAGAAAGAUAACGAAGAGUAGGAAAGAUCUUCCUGACCACAAUCAAGAUUAGUGCUUUAAAACCUGUUUUAAUAACUGUUAAUUGGCUCAAAAUUAUACCAUUAUCAUAAAUAAAACGCCAUCAAAUCGUA